AUCAGAAGCUCAUGGAGAGUUUCGCUUUAGUGCUUGAUUUACUUUCUAAGGCGUCGUGACUCCUUCAUCCUCCUCUUUAUCCUCCUCCAGAUCUGAAAACAAGAAAUAUAACACAACAAAUAAAAAAAAAAAAAUACAGAUUAAAGAUAUUUUCAGGCGUCUAAUGUCGCUGUUCCGGACCGGAACCCCUCUUAGUCUGGAGAGUUAAAGUUUACCUCUGCAGGGAUCCUGUUCCACGAUGAGGCUCGGUUCCGGACUGAUCGUGGGUUUGUUCCUCAUCUUUUCAUCUCCAGCUGCUGUAGGUCUCCAAGCUCCUGAUCAACCCCGACUCAGGAGUUGCCGCUCUCCUGAGAGGGAGACAUUUACGUGUUGGUGGGAGCCGGGUGACAACGGAGAUCUGAACACCACCUACGCCCUUUACUAUCUCAUGGAGGGAUCAGAGAAGGUGUACGAGUGUCCAGAUUAUAAGAUGGCUGGACCGAACUCGUGUUACUUCAAUAAGAGCGACACGUCACUGUGGGUGUCUUAUAAUAUCACUGUAGUGGCCACAAACUCCAUGGGCACGAGUGUUUCAGAGCCGGUCGUGGUGGAUGUCGCCUACAUCGUUCAGCCCAACACUCCGGAGCAUGUGAAGGUGGAGGUGAUAGAUGAUGGUGAAUUUAAAGCUCCAUUCCUGCAUGUGACGUGGGAGAAGCCGCAGUCUGCAGACACUCGCUCAGGCUGGAUCACGCUGAUCUACCAGCUCCGCGUUAAACAGGCCAACGGCGACACCUGGGAGGAGUACGACACUGGUAUGCAGAAAUAUUACAACAUCUUCAGCCUGCUUUCGGGUAAAGAGUACAUGGUGCAGGUUCGCUGUAAACCAGACCACGGCUUCUGGAGCGAAUGGACGAGUCCCGUCUACGUACAAAUGCCUGAGUACUUGGACAAGGAGCACUCUGUGUGGAUCCUGGUAGCGGUUUUCUCAGCCUUUGUCCUCCUUGUCCUCACCUGGACCAUGAACCUUAAGCGGAACAGUGUGAAACACUGUCUGAUGCCUCCUGUUCCCGGACCCAAAAUCAAAGGCUUUGAUCAACAGCUGCUCAAAAGUGGGAAAUCAGAGGAAGUGUUCAACGCGCUGAUGAUCCACAGUUUCCCGCCAACCAGCUACGAGGAGCUGCUAAUUGACUAUCUGGAGGUGUAUGACGAUGACGAGACACACGACUUGGUUUUGGACUCCAAAGAUCUGCUCGUGGCAUCAGCGAAGCCCAUGAGCACAUCAUCGGACAACGAUUCGGGCCGAGGAAGCUGCGACAGCCGAACCCUGCUGAUAGACAAGAGCACAGAGGGAAGGACUGAGGGCGGAGCCAUGCAAUCUGUCUGGGUUUCCGUAGAGCCCGGCUCUCCGAUCAAAGAAGAAGGACAAGCCCGGAUCUGGAAUAAUGUCUUCUCGUCACCUCAGCUGCACCCUGAGCACCACUAUUAUCAACAGGAUCUCUAUUUACUGCAGCCACAGGACAACAAAUGUACCUAUCACAAUGUUCCAGAGAUUUCCUGUAUCUCCUCAUCCAUCCAAAUGAGCAGAACUCCAGAAAAUGGGCUAGAAGAGCUUCUGAACAAACCCCGAGUCUGUGGAUACUCUCGACCCAAAAGCAUGGAUGCCCACGUGCCCCAGUCCACCGAAUCCCAAUCCACGGAAUACGUAGAGGUGCAGACGGUCAAUCAGGAAAACGUCCUCCAUGUCCAACCACUAACUGACCUCGAGGAACGAAGUCAGAAGCUUUCAGACUCCUCACCCAGUGAGAAUUAUAGCAAGGUGCAAGAUGUGAUCUCGGAAAAUGUUUUGCUGCUGCAGAGGGAUCUGAGAAGCGUGCCGCUGCAUUCCGGAGAUUGCCAAUGCCAAACACCUCAUGAGGAGAACCAUCAGACGUGUAAACCCAACACCCUCCUGUCUCCGUUCUCCAUUUUGCAGCUAGGGAACGGAUAUGUCGACUCGACCAUGAUGAUCUCCUAACAUCUCUGUUGAAAACAAAAGCUUUCAGGGAAAACUCAUGGAACAGAGGAUCUAAAUCUUUUAACCACCAGCGCUUCAGAAAGUUUACUGGAAGCUCCGAGAAGGUACGCCUGGGGGUUGAGUACGUCUGUGCUACGGACCCGAAGCUCAUGCUGAAUGUCUUUGGUCGCUACCGGGUUCUGCUGGGUUUGUACUCCCCUCAGAAGAGAUAAACUGAACUGGAAUACCCCAUCCAAGGUCCUUUCAUAGCAGAGACUUGUGCAGAAGGUGACCACUUCUCUAAGUGGAGAUUGAAGACUGACAACGUUUUAGCGAAACUUUUGACCCUGAUUUUUUUUUAUUUCCGAGACACUACAGGCUGAGCUGGGAAUCAUUUUAUUUAAAAAGAUUGUGUCAGUUAUCACCAUUAAUCUUCAAGAGUUAAUUGCUGAUACUCUCACACGUAUUUUUUUGUACUGGAACCUUUUCAUAAAUGUAAACUUAUUUAUGAACAUGAGGCUUUGUCUAAUUAAAUGUGCAUAUAUUUGCAUACUUAAUAGGGGUGUAAACCUCAGGCUGCCACACGAUACCAUAUGAUAUGAUAUGAUUCCAAUUCUUAACGCAACGAUUAUACAUUUAGUGAUACCACCGAAUCUGAUAUGAUACAAAUUAUUAUCCUCUGAUCGAUAUGUGACCAACUUUAUUCAGCAACUGGCGUAAGCCUGCUGUUAAUUCGUGAAUAGCGAUGACAUAGAAGCACACCCUCUGUUUUCGAUAUGCUCUGCUGAUGUUUUUCUAUUUUUUUUUCUUUCUUUUAAAAAAACAGCAACAAAAAAACAUUUAUGGGUCCCUCAUCACUCCAGCCCGUCUAUAGACAUCUACCGUGUUGUAAAUGCAGUUAGUUUUUGCACAAAUCUUGAUAAAUCAGGAUGUUUAUACUUCAACACCAUACUAGAGGUGGGCGAUACGACAAAAAUUGUCAAAGAUACUAUUUCUACAAUACUUGAUAUAUAGGACUUUUUUAAAACCUGAUAUUAUAUUCGUCUUCAAAAAUAAAUAAAUAAAUAAAUAAAUAAAUAAAUAAAAACCUCUGUGACUAUUUUGCCUUACUCUACGUAUAGAAAAUGGUUAGGAGGUAUGUGGUAAUUCAGAUUAAAUAGUACUACUUAAAGCUAAAAAGGAUAGCUAGAGAGAGAGAAUGUUAGCUAGCUAGCAUUGUUUCUGGAUGGUUUAUAGUGAGAUUUUUUUAUGGAAGGAAGGAUUAUAAAUAAGCGUCUUUUGGCUCGUUGAGGCCUAUGGGCCUAAUUCGUUCGUUAUCACAACAAAACCACGUUUUUUUAAUGGGAUAGAAAAAAAAAGAUGCAGAUAUAUUUGUGUUCACAUUUAAAGCUCUAGUGUUAACUGUAAUGGCCAGAACCACGGUUAAGCAUUUAACAAUUAUUAACCAGUUAUUAACCAGUUGAUCUGUGGUUAAUGAUAAUUCAUCAUGUGCAGUGUUCAAGAUUUGACGUCUUUCAGAUAUUUAUAUAAACUGUACACCGAAAAUAAAUUAUUGUAUGGAUUUACGGAUCAAUUUUGCAUCUCUGACUUUGCAUUAUUUCGUCGAUGUUCAUUUUGUGCAAAUCAUCAUGUUUUUUUUUGUUUGUUUGUUUUUUAGCAACACAAAGUGAAUGAAUAAAUAAAUAAAUAAGUCAGUACA